UCUAGAGCUUCAACGACAACUCGAGCAUAGGCUGAAAAUCCCUCGAAGACCGCCUCGAACUCUGUACAACACUGCUGAAGAAUUAACGCAGUUAGAAAAUGAAAGCUUUCUGAAAUGGAGGUCGGAUUUGGCCGAAUUGCAAGAGAAGGAUGGUUUAACGCUCACUCCGUUCGAAAGAAAUCCUGAAAUGUGGAGAGAGCUAUGGCGAGUUGUGGAACGAAGUGAUGUUGUUGUACAGAUUGUUGACGCUCGGAAUCCGCUUUUGUUCUGGAGCAAAGAUCUAGAUGCUUACGUGAAGGAAGUUGAUCCUGCAAAGAAAGUGCUUCUCUUACUUAACAAGGCGGAUCUCUUGGAGGAAGAACAAAUAGCUGGAUGGGCUAAGACUGCUCUGGAAGUAUCUGAUCCCGAGGAAGAAUGCAACUCGGAGCCAUCUACGGCUUCUUCGAGCGGACUUUUGUUUUUGCGCACACGUGAUCAGCUCGUGCAAUACUUGAAAGAGAUGGGGCAUGUUAUUGACGCUCCGGGUUCUAAACCUGUAGUUGUUGGAAUGGUCGGCUAUCCAAAUGUCGGCAAGAGCUCAACAAUAAACAGAAUUGCUGGUAGCAAGAAGGUUUCGGUGUCGGCAACUCCCGGAAAGACACGCCACUUCCAAACUGUUCAUAUUGACGAACAGCUCGUUUUAUGUGAUUGUCCCGGUCUUGUAAUGCCGUCAUUCGCGUUCGGGCGAAAUGAAAUGUUUCUUAACGGUAUCCUCCCGGUGGAUCAAAUGCGUGAUCAUUUUGGACCUAUUGCUUUGUUGUUGUCGCGCAUACCUGUAUCAUUCUUUGAGCAAACGUAUUCAGUCAUGUUACCUGAGAAUUCGGAGCCAUCUGCAUUGAACCUCCUAACUUCAAUAGCAUUCAUGCGAGGGUUCAUGUCUGCAUCAGGAAUCCCCGAUUGUUCCCGAGCAGCCCGCUUUGUAAUUAAGGAUCUUGUUUGUGGGCGCUUGCGUUGGGUGGCUCCCCCACCCGGAAUAGAUCAGAAUGAAUUCAACAGUCAUCUAUUUGUGGAGGAGAAGUCAAGAUCGGGGCGAGUUCAGCUCGAACAACUAGAAAAGCGGGGCCUUUUAGAGGGUGACGGUAUAGUUGACAAAAAAGUUGACUCCCAGUUUUUCAAUGACACGGUGGGCGCUGUGCAUACACGAAGUGCUAAGGGGAAUCCCGCAGCUUCUUCAAGUGCUGGACCUGCGGAGAAAGGGGAUAAACGUCAUUUUAACAAAAAUAAGAAAGAAAAACUGCGGAGGAUAUAUAGGAUCAGCAUGGGGAAAAUAAUGAAGCCGGGCAAGGUUGUCCUUGUCCUACGCGGUAAAUAUGCCGGUAGGAAAGCACUCGUCGUGAAAGCACAGGAUGAAGGAGGAGCUGAUAGGUCGUAUCCUCAUGCCAUCAUUGCUGGAAUCGACAAGUACCCACUGAAGGUCACGAAAAGCAUGGGGAAAAAGAAGCAGGAGAAGCGUAACAAAUUGAAGCCUUUUGUGAAAGUCGUGUCAUAUAGCCAUCUCCUUCCUACAAGAUAUUCAGUUGAUGUUGCAUUCGAUAAGGCUAACAUCAAUAAGGAGUCACUGAGGAUUCCAAAGAAGAAGAGAUGCGCUCUGGCAGAAAUUAAGUCAAAGUUUGAGGAGCGAUACAAAACUGGAAAGAACAAAUGGUUUUUCACCAAAUUGCGCUUCUAA